GUUGAAAAGGAAAAAGAACUCGUCAUAUUACUGCUAUCCGAAGGAUAAAGGAUGCUGCUCUAACCAGAAAUUCAAACAAUCGACGGUUAUCUGUUAAAAUUGCAGCAAACUGUCAACUUAAUUCAUCUACAAUAUUCCCGAAUCUUGAUGAAGGACGGGAAUAGAACUCUCUAAAACGAAGAUAAAAUUUCUCUAUCGCAACAUGGACGACACGUGGGAUAAAUUGUCCCUUUCAGAGGCUUCUUGCGCCGCUCUUAAGGACUUAAAAUUUGUUAAAAUGACGCCAGUGCAGUCUGCAUGUAUUCCAUUAUUUCUCCAAAACAAAGAUGUAGCAACUGAGGCAGUGACAGGGAGUGGCAAAACUCUGGCAUUUGUUAUACCCAUCAUUGAACGACUACAGAAACAUGAACAACCCUGGAAGAAACAUGAGAUUGCUGCAAUAAUUUUGACCCCUACCAGAGAACUGGCCAUCCAAAUUGAGGAGGUCCUAUUAGUAUUCCUCAAACAUUUACCUCAGUUUACCUCCUGUUGUAUGAUUGGAGGUACCAGUGUUCAAUUGGAUAUCGAAAAAUUUCAGGAACAUGGAGGUCAUAUUAUAGUUGCAACCCCUGGUCGCUUGGAAGAUAUACUGGAUCGGCAAGCAAAAGUUUUGAACUUUGCAUCUUUUGUCAAGUCAUUGGAAGUCUUUGUCAUGGAUGAAGCUGAUCGGUUAUUAGAAAGUGGAUUUGAAGCGAGUGUGAAUACAAUCUUAAGCUAUUUACCAAAGCAGCGUCGGACAGGUCUUUUCUCUGCGACUCAGACAGACGAAGUAGAGAAGCUGAUCCGGGCUGGCAUGAGAAAUCCAGUGAGAAUAUCAGUGAAAGAGAAACAAACCUCAGCCCACAUGAUUCAGAGGAUUCCAAGCACCCUGUCCAUAUUCUACAUGAUCUGUGAGGGUGAUGAGAAGUUCAACCAGUUGGUGCAUUUCCUUAGAGAACACAAAAAUGACAAAGUGAUGGUUUUCUUCAGCACUUGUGCUGCUGUCGACUAUUUUUGUGGUGCACUAAAAUUGAUUUUGAAAAAACACUCGAUUUUAGGCAUCCAUGGCAAAAUGAGGAAGAAAAGGAACAAUAUUUUUGCCAGAUUCCGGAAACAGCAAAGUGGAAUCCUGAUGUGUACUGAUGUAAUGGCUCGUGGAGUUGAUGUUCCUGAAGUUCACUGGGUUUUUCAAUAUGAUCCACCAAGUUCAGCCAGUGCUUUUGUCCAUCGCAGUGGAAGAACUGCUCGUAUUGGUAACACAGGAAAUAGUCUGGUGCUGUUGACCCCAAGUGAAGAUGCUUUCAUAGAAUUUAUAGCCAGGAAUCAAAAGGUGCCAAUGCGACAAUUUUCAAAAUCUGAUAAUGUCCUUCCAGCCGUCGAUAAACUUAAAAGACUUUCUGAGAAGGACAGAUCCCUUUAUGACAAGAGUGUGAGAGCUUACGUUUCCUUUAUCCAGUCUUAUGCCAAACAUGAAUGUAGCAUGAUCUUCCGGACUAAAGAUCUUGAUUUUGGUCGAUUGGCAACAGGCUUUGGCCUCCUCAAAAUUCCAGUUAUGCCUGAACUGAAAGGAAAGAAAAUUGACAACUUCACACCGUCAUCUGUCGAUAUAAACACAAUUCCAUAUUUAAGACACUUGCCCAAAGUGUCACUCAGUACGACGGAACUCAAAUCCAUGUGGUUGGGAAGUGAACUGACCCACACUGCCAUACCAGCACCUAUUAAUGCACUGGUGAUGAAUUUAAAUGAAAAUGUUGUUCACCCAAACAUCGGUACAAUUGCCUGGUCAAAGAAGAAAGAGAAGAAGGAAAUAAAGAAAAAACGGCAAGAGACGAAUAAGCUAAAGAAGAAGAACAAGAAGAUGAAGAUGACAGAGAGUGUGCAGAAGAGUAAGCUUGAAGCAGCAGAGAAGUCAAGAUUAGAAGAAAUAAAAGACCUUCAGGAUGACUAUCGGUUAUUAAAGAAACAGAAGAAAGGCAAAAUUUCUGAAGAAGACUUUGAGAAACAGUUUACAGAAUCCUGACAGUGAUUCAGGAAGCUACCAAGCUUCUCUUUUGUAAAUAUUAAAUAAAUGCUAUAUUUUAUAAUUUGUUUCACAGGUCUUUUCUUUCAUUAAAAAAAGAGAAUGUU